AUGAAGGGCGCUCGGGUGUCUGGUCUUCUUGCCGUUAGUCUGGCGUCUUACUGCGCGGCGCUGGAGGCAUUCCCUGGCGCUGAAGGCUUCGGCGCACAGGCAACGGGCGGCCGCGGAGGCAGCGUCUACGUCGUCACCAACCUAAACGAUACUGGCGACGGUAGCUUCCGCGAUGCCGUGUCGGAGUCGCAUAGGAUCGUCGUCUUCGCGGUCGGCGGAGUCAUCAACAUCGACAGCCGCAUCGCGGUGAAGAACGACAUCACGAUUGCGGGACAGACUGCGCCAGGAGAUGGCAUCACCAUCUACGGCAACGGCCUCUCGUACUCGAACGCGGACAACACCAUCACGCGCUACAUUCGCUACCGAAUGGGCAAAGGAGGCGACUCCGGAAAAGACGGCAUCACCAUCGCCGACGGCGCCAACAUGAUCUUCGACCACGUCUCCGUCAGCUGGGGCCGCGACGAGACCUUCUCAAUCAAUGGCGACGUGUCGAACGUGACUAUCCAGGACUCCAUCAUCGCGCAGGGCCUCCAAACCCACUCCUGCGGCGGCCUGAUGCAGACGACGGGCGGGCUGAGCAUCUUCCGCACGUUGUACGCGGACAACAAGACGCGGAACCCGAAGGUGAAGGGCGUGAACGACUUCACGAACAAUGUGGUGUACAACUGGGGCGGCGGGGGCGGGUAUAUUGAGGGCGACUCGAGCGCGGUGUCGGAGGUGAAUAUCGUGGGGAACGCGUUCAUAAGGUGGGGGAUCCGUGGACGUGGCCGGGUUGCGCUUACGAGUGUUCGCAGCGGACCGUCGACGUCUGUGUCACCUUUCACACGCGGCAACAAGAACUUCAACGCCUACGUAGCCGACAAUUACUACGAUCCUGACCAGGACGGCACCCUCAACGGCCACGUCCUCUCCGUCGACACGGACAGCUACACCGACAUCACCUUCAAGGACGCGCGCUUCGACUACCCCGCGCCCGCGACCCUCAUGAACUCAACUGACGCCCUGGCGUACGUGCUGGCGCACGCCGGCGCGAGUCUCGUGCGUGACAGCGUGGACAAGUACAUCUUGGACGAGGUCGCUUCCUACGGCACGAAGGGCGCCUUAAUCUCGGACGAGGACGAGGUCGGCGGGCCGGGCACGCUUGCGGGCGGUGAGGCGCCGACGGAUACGGACGGCGAUGGGAUUCCAGACGAGUACGAGACAGCCAACGGGCUCGAUCCGCAGGUGGACGAUGCUAUGGACAUCGCGGAUAAUGGCUAUGCGAACAUCGAGAACUAUAUUAACUCGCUCGUGUGAGGCGAGGCGGGUCAAUAGCGCGGUAAUUGACCGUCGAACCAUGGUUUUUGCCCUUCCUGCUCGCCAGCUGCUGCCCAUCGGCACUUUAUGGUGUAGAUCUGACCGCGGUUGCGCAGCCAUGAUGCGUAUGGGAGAGACUCAUACUAUUCGGGAGAGUAUAUUCGACCCUUCUUCACUGCCAGUGCUAUACCCUCGGAUGUUCCAUGAAUUGACGAUGGAAGAGCGCCGCGGACGCUCUUCGGCCGUUGCCGAUAAAGGCGGCACGUCGGUCCGGGCUCUCUACCUCGUUUGCUGAAGUCAGAGUAGGUCCUGUCCACCGCGCGCAGUUCGAGCUUUGAGCAUGGCCUAACUUCAGACGACGGUUUCCCGAGGACCCGCCACACG